UUCCUCUUCAGUCAUCGAUUCACUUUUUACAUUUUACAUUUUUACAGUAAUGAGAGAAAUAAGUUUAGUUAGCUGUGCGGUACUUUAAGUUCCCCAUGUGUGAUUUUAGGUGUUAAGGGAGUCGAGUGAAAGAGAAUGACGGAUAGUCAGCAGCAGUUCUGCUUGCGGUGGAACAAUUUUCAGGCGAAUAUCACGAGCCAGUUUGAGGCGCUUCGCGAUGACGAGGACUUUGUCGACGUUACCUUCGCCUGUGACGGUAGGCGAUUACAGGCACACAAGGUCGUACUUUCAGCCUGUAGUCCUUACUUCAAGGAAUUAUUCAAGACAAAUCCUUGUAAACAUCCGAUAAUAUUCAUGAGGGAUGUUGAAUUCGAACAUUUACAAUCGCUCCUGGAGUUUAUGUACGCUGGGGAAGUGAAUAUUUCUCAAGCUGAAUUGCCAACAUUUCUGCGAACUGCCGAAUCUCUUCAAAUCCGUGGCCUCACAGACUCCCAAAGCAAUCAGCACAACAACGAAAAAUUUUCGAAGACGAACAAUAUACACACUUCGAAUGGUCGUGGCUUGACAUCGCCGAGUUUUGAUGACGAGCGCAGUAAAACUCCAUCGCCUUCGAGUCCCCCACCAUUGAAAAGGCUGUGCAAAAGAAGUGAUUCACCUCAAAAUUCUAGUCCUAUACCACCAGCAGCAGUUGCUGCAGCAUCAGCAGCACCUCCACCAACGAGCGGACCUCGUUCUCGACCUGUCAUUGAACCUCAAGUUCAACUUGACUGUUAUAAAGACGUCGAUGUAGUUGAGCCAAAAAUAGAAUUACCAGAAUAUGGAAGUGAUGAUGAAUGUUCUACGAAACCGGAUAUCAAUACCUUACCGGGAGGAUUUCUCAGUUUGGAUGGCGGAAUGGAAGUUUUGCCAUCCUAUCCAACUUCGUAUUCAGGGAGCGGAAUUGAGGGUGGAAUGCCGGGACCUUCACACGGGAACAGCGAGUUAAACCAGGAUCAGCAGGCAAAAAGAGUUCGUCGUGGCAGGCCACGACUGGGAACGCGAGGUGGAAGACAUAUGACGUCCAUUCAUGGUAAUUCUCCAUCUCGAGGUGAUUGGUUGCCUCUUGAUAUGAGGACAACUCCACCCACAAUGCCCGCUUUUCGAGGGUUUGAAGAAACCUCCUCAGACGGUGUGGUUCAUUUGGGUGAGGGAAUAGCAAUCUGUGAAGAACAGUUAAGAGCUGUCAAGUGGAGCGAUUAUCGGAAAUUAACGAGAGGACUUGCAGCAAUUUUAUUUAGUCCUACGGAACUAGCGACGUGUUCCGUCACGGGACAACGUUGGAGUCGUGCAGGAACGGCUACUGAACGUCCCGUUAAGCCAGCUCUUGAUAAAGCAAAAGUGCAGGCAAUCAUAUCGUACGUGACAUCGAGGUUCCCUUCGGUGGACGUGAGUAGCGUCAAGCAGGUCCUGGCCUACAAGUGCAAAGAGAAUUCUACGGCUCUAAAGAUGAAGUCUAUUCGUUACAUCUGUGAGAGACAGGACACUGAACCCUCGUCCAUGGCCGAGUCAGAGGAUAAGUGAGAGGGGGCAAGGGGUGCGUGCGGGGUGCAGUCCACCCUAAUGUUUCGCCGCGUCCUCCCGCACCCUCGUCUACAACAACAUCUCCGACACCCGAAUAAUAAUCGGAAUGUGAGCCAGGAUGAGAAUGAUGAGGAGGUAGAGGAAGAAGGUGAAGAAAGAGCUGAAGGUGAAGAAAGAGGUAAAGGUGAAGAAAGAGGAGAAAAUUUCAGAAAAGGAGAAAGAAAAAGAAAAAAAGUAGGAGAAGGAAAAGGAGAUGAAGAAGAAGAUGGUGUAGAAGAAGAAGAAGAAGAAGUUGUAGAAGAAGAAAGAGAAGGAGAAGAAGAUGAUGAAGACGAGGAAGAGGCUCACCAGGACCAAAGUCUCGGGAGCUUAAUGAGAUUGCAUGCCAUUCAUCGUGCCCUCCGAGCCACCCUUAGGGCCGCCACUUCCGCUGCAGCUGCCACUUACUUGUGAUUAGCUCGUCAACCUAAUUUUCAACUGGAAAUGCACUCCAAGGUAUCAACACUGUCUGCAAAGGCAAUUGGUUCAAGGUUAGCAUUAAGGCGACCACAAAAAAUGCGAUGCAUUUUUAAAACCUCUUUUUAUUUGUGCUUUAUAACGAAAUUAAGAAUUUCGUGAUUCCAAAUUUUUUAAACAUUAACGAAGAAUUUAUAAUUUCCUUUUCUUUCGCGUUAAAAGCCGAAAUUCGGCUGAAGAAAUAAAGACCGUGGAUCGAUUCUUUUGCGACAGACACGAAAAAAGAUGCAAAUGUAACGAUGCAAGAUGAAAGGGUCACGAUUUAGAAAUCUUGCGCUCGGGCACUUAGUGCCCCAGCUCUCCGGACUUACUCCUCACAGACUCGUGAUUUUGCAUUCGCAUUCAAGGCAAACUGCCGGAAACCAUCUCGCGUUAAAAAGCGCUUUUCGUCUUUAAAUUCCACUCUCAAGCCUCCUUUGGUUUCUUGAACGUGUCAAGUGCUGAAUUUUCUCGUGGUCAGUCUUUUUUCUCCCCUCUAAAUAUUAUUAUCAUUAUCAUCAUCAUCCAAAUAGAAAUUUAGUCUCUGGAAAUUUUUUGUUUUUUUAUUUAUUUUUUUUUGUCGAGAAAGAAAAAGAAAAAAAAGUCAAACGUUUUACAUGUUUAAUGCUUCGAUUAUUAACUGCUCCUUUAAGUUUUCUCUUAAAGAAGACUUGAACAUGGAAAUAAGAUAGAAUUUUUUUUUGAAAGCAAAAAUUGUAUACGAAUAUCAUGAAUUAAAUUGAUAAUCUCUAGAAAUGGAAGAUGAUACACGAGGUAUAUUCAGCGGAUUUUGACUGCUUCAAUAAAUCCACAAGGCUUUAGCGAAAGAUGCGAAAGGUCUUUGGGAGUUAAGUCAGUUCAUGUGUUCCCGAUCUCUAACCGGAUUACUAGUCUUACGUAGAUUGUAAUUCAGACACGAUUUCAGAUACUAAUAACUUGGCUUUCAAUUAUAGAUCAAAACUCGGAUUUCAAGAUCAAACUCAAAAUCUAUUGGAAAAAGAAUGAAUAAAGUAGGUUUUACUACUUUCGUAUAGUAAAAUUUAUAACUGUCCGGAAUGUUUGCUCGUUUCCGCAAAUGCAGUAAUUUUUACUGUUUAUGAAGUAAAUUUUACUAUUUUCUGAUCAUUGACGACGUAGGUAAGUGAAUUUUAGUUGAAUUUGAUAAACAUCCCCGAUAGAAAUCAAUUAAAGAGUUUUAUUACUUUGUAUUUUAUUUGAAAAAAAUUUCUUUUAGCCGAAUUUCUAUUCUUCGAUUUGACCGAAUCGGAUUUUGACCGAAUUUUCGUUUUUACGAAUUUCUAAUUUUGAGAAUUUCAAUUUUUAUAAAUCCAAAGUCGUUCGGCUUUUCAUUUUUAGGAAAUUUUUAAAUU